AUGUGCUGUGAUUGUGAAAGUGGUAUGGUUAUAAACCUACAGAUGUACUGUGGAAAAUGCGACAAGAAGGAAGAAAAUCAAGGAUUUCGGGUGACGAUAAAUAUGGUGGCUCCACAACUGUGUAUGGGAAACUUAAGAUUGGCACAUUAUUUGGCUCAAUAUGGUUCAACAAUGCUUGGGACUGUGCGAAAAAACAGAGUUGAGGUACCAGAAGAAGCCAAGCAAAUCAAACGUUAUGACACCAAUGAUGAUAAGAAGGCUACUACAAGAGAGGCAGAUUCAACAGAAGUGUAUACAAAGGGUGAGCAAGUGAGGGGAAAGGAUGGCAAACUUGUGAGUGUACACAAACCAAAUGUGAUAAAACAAUACAAUGCGACAAUGGGAGGUGUUGAUAGUGCAGAUCAGAUGAUACAUACUUACACUUGUAGAAGGCGCAUUUCAAGAUGGAAUGUGAGAAUACUUUAUGAUUUACUUGACAUCGCUGCCCUCAAUGCCUACAAGGUAUAUCAUCAUCACCACGAUAAGGUGGACAGGUUGAAUUUCCUCAAUGAAUUGACAGAGUUAUUGAUGGAAAUGGAGUAA